AAUAAAAUUUCAUAAUGGAAAAAAGUGAUAUCUAAAUAAAAAGUAAAUGCAACUAUUUAUACUCAAUAUCUAAAUUAUCCGAAUAUAAAUUUUUGUGCAUAUUUUUUAAGUGCUAGUUAUUUAAUGAAUUUAACAUAAUUACUUAGACCACAUAAAAAAGAUCACCAAUUAAAAAAUAUCACCAAAUCAGCUGUUAUCCGUCAAUCGAUGUCAACAAAAUUACAUAAUUUUGUUUGGAAAAACAGUGAAGCUAUUAUUUUGGAGUGUCAUUUUCAAAUUUUUAAACAUGGUUUUUGAAUUUGAUGCUGCCACAGUAAAAUUAUUAAAGUAAAUGUGUACACGGAAGCUACUCAGAUUAGUGAAUUUGAGUAAUUUUUUUUAGAAUGUAGCCAUACUACACUUAAACUACUAUGGAUCAUAAUAAUAUAAUUGAAUGCGCUGGUUUUUAUUUCAUACAUAAUUUUGAUUCUGGAAACCUGGGUCACGUAGAACGAGUACCUACGGAGUUCAUUACUCCAUUUAUUAAUCCGAAAACAAAUGCAGCAGAAACCCCUGACUAUGAAUUCAAUUUGUGGACUCGACCUGAUUGUGCGGGUACUGAGUUUGAAAAUGGAAACCGCACCUGGUUUUAUUUUGGUAUUCAAGCUAGUGAACCAAAUGUGCAGGUGCGGCUUAAUCUCAUAAACUUGAAUAAACAAGGCAAGAUGUACAACCAAGGGAUGGCUCCUGUCACACGUACUUUGCCGGGAAAACCACAAUGGGAAAGGAUAAGGGAUCGCCCUGUUCAUUCUACUGAUGAUAACACUUUCACACUGAGCUUUAGAUAUCGUACAGCAGAAAAUCCGAAGGCAACGACAUUCUUUGCUUUCACAUAUCCAUAUUCUUUUGCGGAACUGCAAAUAGCUCUCAACUCAAUAGAUUUAAAAAUGCUGCCAUUGCCACCGCCUCAGUCACCUGAUGAUAUUUACUAUUGCAGAGAAUGUUUGAUUUAUUCUUUAGAAGGUAGGCGAGUUGAUCUAUUAACAAUAUCAUCACACCACGGCAUAACAACUGAGAGGGAAGACAGAUUGAAGAACCUGUUUCCUGAUAACCAAGAGAGACCUUUCAAGUUUCAAAAUAAAAAGGUUAUAUUUGUAUCAGCUCGAGUUCAUCCAGGCGAGACCCCUUCGAGUUUCGUCUUCAACGGUUUCCUCAAUCUCCUCCUCAUGAGAAACGAUCCUAUCGCGAUACAAUUGCGGAAGUUGUAUGUGUUCAAACUGAUCCCAUUCCUGAAUCCCGACGGAGUGGCCAGAGGACAUUACCGGACGGACACUCGGGGAGUCAACUUAAAUAGGGUGUAUCUUAACCCGUCGCUGACUUUCCAUCCUACUGUAUACGCAUCGAGGUCUCUUAUCAGAUAUUAUCAUUUUGGAUGUGAAAAAGAGGACGAUAUAUGUGAGGAGAGCAAGAGCUUCACAGCGCGUAGUGUUCCAAGUAUUAGCGAAAGUGCUGAGCUAAUCGAAACCAAGAAGAAGAGAAGCGUCAACUCCCCAACAUACAAACGGGAUAAGAUCAAGACAUCAAACAAAUCCACCGGCGUGUUGAAACAAGUCUCGGUGGAUAGUUCGAAGGACGUCCAGUCGUUAAGUAGUGAAGCUGGUAAUCUGGCGGAACAGGUAUAUGACAUGAAACUCCAAGAGAUGCCGUUACAAGCAAGCGACGUGACUUCGAACCUUUCGGACACCAAUGUCGGAGACAGUUCGUCGCUACUCAAUGAAACCGUUUUAAAGUCAUGUCUGGGGUCCAACGUCCACCUCAGUACGAGUGAAGAACUGACUGUUCAUGGCAAUAACCCUCUUAAACCGUUGAGAGACACGCUGAAGAACAGCAUAAGUUUGCUAAUGGAAUCGACUUCCUUCAUUACCGACGAGCCCCGCGGGCGCGUCCGCGCGGGCUGGUGCGCCGAGUGCCGCCGCGCCGCCGCGCGCCUCGAGCGCAGCGCGCCCGGCCUCGCCGCCGCGCUGCCCGGCUGCCCCGCCGCGCUGCCCGGCUGCCCCGCCGCGCUGCCCGGCUGCCCCGCCGCGCUGCCCGGCUGCCCCGCCGCGCUGCCCGGCUGCCCCGCCGCGAUGCGCCCCGAGUCCCCCACGUACCACACCAUAGAGGAGUACGGGGAGCACCAGAGACGACAAAUUGAUGAUCAGGAGCGUAAGCUGCACGACGCUGAAUUUGUCGAUAGUACUGAGAGUAUCUAUUUCUGUACAAAUUGUUUUAAGAGAUAUAUUAUAACACACGAAAAUGAAGAAAUAAACGUGCAGGAGAGUGCGGCGCACGCGAGCGCGGGCGUGUCGGCCGGCGACCACUGCUUGCUGCCCCCGCGCUCGCCCGCGCACUCGACUGCGCACUCGCCCGCUCACUCGCCCUCGCAUUCGCCCGCACACUCGCCCGCCGGCAGCACGGGGGAUGCUCUUGUACUGCCCCCUCUCCAGCUGCCCACCCUGCCAAAGGAAGAGAAAUCCAAGUCUGUCUUGAACAAGCAGCCGAAGAAGAAACCCUUGCCCUCUCCCGUGUCCCCCGGGCCCCCCUCCGCGCCUCGCGUGCCCUACAAAGAGGUCGACUCUGGUCUCUACUUGUACAUAGACUUACACGGACACGCCUCGAAAAAAGGCAUAUUCAUGUACGGAAACCACUUCGAAGACCUCGACAGCUGCGUCGAGUGCAUGCUGCUGCCGCGCAUCAUGUCGCUCAAUAACUUGCACUUCCACUUCUCCUCCUGCAACUUCACGGAGAGAAACAUGUACCUCAAGGACCGGCGCGACGGCAUGUCCCGCGAGGGCUCGGGCCGCGUGGCCGUGCUCAAGGCCACGGGGCUGGUGCGCUCCUACACGCUGGAGUGCAACUACAACACGGGCCGCCUCGUCAACGUGCUGCCGCCCGCCGCGCGCGACCCCCCCGCGCCGCACCCGCCCGCGCCGCCCGCCGCGCCGCCGCCCCCCAAGUACACGCCGCACAUCUUCCAAGAGGUGGGGCGAUCCCUCGGCGCGUCGAUCCUGGAUCUGACGGGACAACACCCCAACUCGCGCAUCCCGUGCUCCGAGCACCGCAACCUGUCCGCCGUGCGCGACUGGCUGCGCGCGCACACGCGCACGUUGCGCCCGCAGUUGACGACUUCUCGAUUACGACCCAAAACGUCGUCUCCCACACGAUUGCCUCUCUUCGCGCGCUCCAAAGCUAAGGUGACGGACGAAAGGAAGGAGAAUACGUUCGUCGCAGCCAAAUCGGACUCCGAACGAAAACGAAGCCCGCCGGUGCUCGCGCAACGCUCCGGCCACGAACUGGUCAACUCGAACAUGAAAUUCGCCAAGAAAAACGAUCCCGUCAAGACCUCCUCCCGCACCCGGUACCUCGCCGAAAACGAGCCGAAGCCUAAGACGUUGUCGACCAAGCGGCGGAACGUUCUCGCCAUACGCAAGCCCAACGCGAGCAAGACGCAGGCGGGCGGCGUCGUCAAGGCCAAGUGCAGCCGGCGCGCCGCCGACGACGCGGACGGCGCCAAGCUGUGCAAGCGCAGCUACUCGCGCACGCUGCGCCGCCGCGCCGCCGCCGCCACCUCCGAGGAGGACUUCGUGGCGCCCUCGCCCUCGCGCCUCAAGAAGAUCCGCCUCAAGGCGGCCUUGUAGCGCGCGCGGCCCGCUCGGAACACACCCGCCCCCUUCGGCUGCUAUUGCAUUCAAUUGUUUGAGAUCCCCUACAAUCUAACGAUAGUCCCGGUGGUUAAAACGGCAUCUAGGUCGACGGUAAUUAUAUAUUUCCUUUCUUGUUUUAAAGAAAUAUGGACAAAAAUUUGCGAAAUCUUUUUUUUUCUUCACGAAACGGUUAAAUUCGUUGCCUUUUUAGAAAUAUUUUUAUUUAAAGAUAACUUAAAAAUAAUCAUAUUUUGUUAUUAUAUUCAAUGUCUAUUAUAUUUGUAAUAACACAAUGAUUUUCAAUUCAGAGAAUAGCUUAUCUCAAUUAUAUUUUAAAUUUUGUCUAGAAGUUAUAUGAACAUUUGGAGAGGUAUAUUAAUUAGAAUCGUCUUUCUAUCACCGACAUCGCCCCAUUUGAUUCGAAAUACGUUUUCCACCUAACCUAACCUUGGAUCUUCUAUACAAAUAAAAGAUACACUUAAUUCAGCAAAGAUUAAGAUCAAAAAUUAACUUGAUCAUCUUGAUUUAUAAAAUAGUGGAUAAGUUUCUUUUAUACUUAAAUAAAUGUAAACAUGAUUAGCUGAAAUAUUGUAAUAAAUUAUGUAAAUUGCUAGAAUGGUUAGCUCCUGGAGCAAAUUAAGAGCAUACUGAAUGAUCUCAUUAUGAUUUUUAUUGCUUUAAUUUCAAAUUAUUUAUCUGUAAUCAUUCAAAAUAUAUUAACAAUGAACCGUAUCUAUACGAACAAUGGGUUUCGAGUUUAUUGCAUAUUGAAUAACGAAAUAUACAAAUUUAUUAUUAAUAUUACUUAGAAACUAAACUUAGGUACUAACUAUUAUAAAGAUUUAGUGUAAAUGAAAUGUUUACUUAUUUUGUUACAUAUAUCUUAGGGCCAGGUCACAAGUGACGUCUGAAGUUCAUCAUGAACAAUCUCCAUAUAAAAAUAUUUGCGGUGGUGCAUUGAUUAUGUUAGAAUUCUUAUAGCCAACCAUAAAUGUGCAAUAAUAAUAAAGUAGUUGUAAACAAAUUGUUUUUCUAAACUCGUGUCGUUGUUUAUAAUAUGUAUUAAAAUUGUGUGUAAAAUAAAUUGUUAUAUCAUAGAAAGAAUAGUAUGUAUUUAAAUAGUAACUAUUUAUCUGAAAUAUUAAUAUAUUAAAAAAUAACAUUUAAUGUUAAUAUUUUUUUAUUUCACUCUUUUGGGGACUGAGUUUUUUUGAGUGUUAAAAAAUGCAACCAAAUCAACAAUAGUUAUUUCCUAUACAUAUCGCUUUUUUUAAGAUUAUUUUAUACAUUAAAAUGUGUUUGUUUUGACGGGCCUGUUGACGUGGUUGGUAGAUACUUGCUUUUCACGCCGAA